UUUACAAGAAUACCAAUUGGGAUAUUGCGCAGCUUUAGAAGAAAGUACCUCACAACAUUACGAAGAUUUUAGAGCAAAGAAUUGUAUUAUCGCAAAAUACCCAUUUUAUCUAGCUAUUGAGAAUACAAAAGAACAAGAUUAUUCUACCGAAAAACUUUGGGAUGCGUUUAAGUUAGGAGUAGUACCUAUUAUUUACCUAAUAGUCGCACUUACAUACCGCACCCUAAAUCGGGAUUAUCCAAACGUUGAAGACCUUGCAAAUCAUUUAAAAUAUUUAGUUGAAAACAAGACAGCUUAUUUAGAAUAUUAUCAGUGGCGAACCACAAAGACAUGGUCAGAGGAAUUUAAAAAGAAGGCAUAUAUAAACUUGCAUAAUAUGAAAUGUAAUAUUUGUAAGGAAGUUUCUAGACUAAGGAUUAUAGAAGGAAGG